CUUUCUAGCAGUAUAAAGCCUGACAUGUAGUCAAAUUUAGAUUCAUUUGCCUGAGAGACAAGGAUUGCACAGAGAACAGGUAGAGGAGAGCAUCAAAACUUGGAGUGUGGAAAUCACAUAAACUUGAUUUUUUUGGAUUUCCUUGUGUCUUGUUCUCAGUGUCUUCAUGUCAUCUCAGUGCCUCAGCAGUGUACUGACAAAUGCCAAUUUCACCAUGUAUCAGACUGGUGUUACUGAUGUCUUGCCACAGCAACCUUAUACAAUUGCCAGGAGCAACACACUGCCAAUCAGUAAUCUAGGGUAUACUUCCAACAUGAGCUCAGGCCAGUGGUACAGGCAGAUCAGCCCCCACUGCUGGACAGAGGACAAUGUUUUGGAGUGGAUCAGUGACCAUGUUGAGAGUACCAAAUUUGAUGCAAAGACUUUAAGUCUUGCCUACUGCACCAUGGAUGGUCCCACUCUCUGCCAGAUGAAUCACGACCAGAUUGUUGAGGUCUUUGGCCAGCAGCUUGGCCAACACCUAUACCAUAGUCUACAGGAUUUCAAAACUAAAUCAGAGUUACAUAGCCUAUCAGGGCCAGAACUGAACGAGACCUGCCAGUUACUGGACAACUUUUUGGAUAACCUAAAAUUUCCACUGCUCAGCACCAUCAGAAUUGGUCAAGCUGAAGACUCUGCAACCAGUGACUAUGAAAUAAACAGUGUUUCUAUGGAGGCCAUGACACCCCUAAGAGACAAUGAAUAUCUGUCAGACAGUGAAUACAGCUCUUCCUCAAACAGUGGCAUGUUUGGCUUGCCAAGCAUUGGGUCACCAGAAUCUGGCAGUGGUGAAUCAGAUCCAGAGUUCUCAAUUGCUCUGAUUUCAAAGGCACAUGUCAAAUCUGACAAAGAAGAAUCUAGACUGAAACGACCACGAGGGAGACCUCCAAAGCUCAGCAGAGAACACAACACCAGCAUUUAUGUUCAUUCAAAAAAAAACAAACACGCACCUCGUGGCACUCACCUAUGGGAGUUUAUCAGGGACAUUCUGAUUCACCCAGAAAUGAACCAGGGCUUGAUGAAGUGGGAAGACCGACGUGAGGGUGUCUUUAAGUUCCUCAAAUCUGAAGCGGUGGCACAGAUGUGGGGUCAAAAAAAGAAAAACACCAGCAUGACAUAUGAGAAACUUAGCCGAGCAAUGAGGUAUUACUAUAAAAGGGAGAUCCUGGAACGAGUUGAUGGCCGGAGGCUUGUAUACAAAUUUGGGAAAAACUCUAGUGGCUGGAAAAUGGAAGAGAUGGCCAUAUGAAGCACCAGUCCCAUCAGUGGGUAGAAAACUAAACACCAUUUAGUAGUACUGCUGUAGUUUACGAAUUUGUUAUACCCAUGUGGCCUGUCUGAAAAAAUUACGCUGCCUUAGAUGUUCGAGACACAAACUUCCUUUUCUUAAAAGGAAGGUGACGCAUAAAACGUAAGCCAGCAUUUUUGGCUCAAGUAGGUUUUAUGAACCAAUAUUAUGUUAUUCCUGUUAAUUGUAUCUCAAUUGUCAAGCUAGAUCUACAGUGAUUAAGAUAUAUAUGAAUGCAUGUUCGUUUCUAUAAACAUUUAGAGAGUAAAAAAAAAAAACUUUUGUUUAUAUUUUAGCAAAACAUUGAUAUCAUCUAUACUGAAUCAAAUAUACCUAUUUAGUUUUUUGGUAUAUGGGCAUUAAUAAUGAUUCUAUGGUGGCUUACAGUAUGUUUUUCUACUUUCAUACAGUUAGUCCAAAAGGGUUUACGUAGUGAUGUAUAUUUGUUGUAGAUCUUUUCCUGAUUUAUUCAAUUUACUGUAAAGGACAAUGGAAACAGAAAAAAAGUAUUGUUGCUUCACAUUAACACCGUAAAGAUGUGCACUGCGUGUCUGUUAGUAUCACUUAUUAUAAAGUGUGUUUAUACAAUAUUUGACAAAAAGUGUUGUCAAUGAGUAAUUGAAUUAUAUCAUAUCAAUUUCGUCACCAACUUUAAACUGCACAUAUUUUUGUGUAAUUGUUUUAAAGUGACUAAACCAGUAAGCUGUCAUCCACUUUGGAUGUAUAGAUGUAUGUGUAUGAGUAAAUCAUGUAUAUUUUUAAAUAAAUAAGUAAUUGUUUUUAUUAAAAUAAAUUUCUUAGCAGAAAAUUA